UUCAGAAAAAGAAAGAUCUUACUUUUUCUUUUGCUGAAAUGAAUUCUAUAUCUUUUCUUACAAUUCUAAUCAUUAAUGGAUGCAUUAUGAUGAAUAAGACUGAAACUAGUGGAACCGUACGUAAACCGGUAAUACAGACCACUGAGAGUAGUACACAACAACCUGUAAUUACAGAUAAUCUAAAGAAUAUAUUAAUAAAUUAUACUAAUAAAGGACCGGGAUGGGAUUUACUCAGGUUUAUAUUCCGACCAGCUCGUACCAUUAUUGGAAUGAAUAAUCGAACGAUGAAUGAAUGGAGGGAAUAAACUAGAAAAUAAAAGUGUUAUCAUGAAAUCAUUCUAUUAUUGAAUAAUAUGUACG